AUGAUGUGCGAAGUGAUGCCCACCAUCAGCGAGGACACGGCGCUGAGCCAGCGCGGCUCGCAGAGCGGCUCUUCCGACCCGGACUCCCAUUUCGAGCAGCUGAUGGUCAACAUGCUGGACGAGCGGGACCGCCUGCUGGACACGCUGAGGGAGACGCAGGAGAGCCUGGGCCUGUCACAACAGCACCUGCAGGACGUCAUCUACGACCGAGAUUCGCUACAGAGGCAGCUCAGCUCCGCCUUGCCGCAGGUAAUGCAACUCUUAACUGGGAAUGUUUCAUCGUCUCGAGGCUGCGAGUCACCCGAGUUUGCGGCCCUCACCAAGGAGCUCAACGCCUGCCGGGAGCAGCUGCUAGAGAAGGAAGAGGAGAUCUCGGAGCUGAAGGCUGAGAGGAACAACACCAGGUUGCUGUUGGAGCAUCUGGAAUGUCUAGUGUCCCGGCAUGAGCGCUCGCUGCGUAUGACGGUGGUCAAGAGGCAGGCGCAGUCCCCCUCGGGAGUCUCCAGUGAAGUGGAGGUCCUCAAAGCCCUCAAGUCCUUGUUUGAACACCACAAAGCACUUGAUGAGAAGGUGCGAGAGCGACUGCGGGUUUCGCUGGAGAGGGUGUCCGCCUUGGAGGAGGACCUUACAGCAGCUAAUCAGGAGAUCGUGGCCUUACGCGAGCAGAAUGCUCACAUUCAGCGGAAGGUGGCGUCGGGCGAGGCCGGCGACGACAUCCCGGAGGGCGGCGAGCCGCAGCAGAAGGUCCACGGAAAGCGUCUAUCCAACGGCGCGCUGGAGUCGGUGCGCGAGGCCGGCCAAGUGGCGGAGCUUCAAGACCUUCUGGAGAAGCAAAACUACGAGCUAGCUCAGAUGAAGGAACGCAUGUCGUCGCUGUCGUCGCGAGUUUCUGAAGUGGAGCAAGAGCUGGAGACGGCGCGGAAGGACCUCAUCAAGUCCGAGGAGAUGAACAACAAGUACCAGCGAGACAUUAAAGAGGCCAUGUGCCAGAAGGAGGACAUGGAGGAGCGCAUCGUAACGCUGGAGAAGCGCUAUCUGAGCGCUCAGCGCGAGUCCACGUCGGUGCACGACAUCAACGACAAGCUGGAGAACGAGCUGGCCAACAAAGAGGCCUUUCUUAGGCAGAUGGAGGAGAAGAACCGGCAGCUUCAGGAGAGGCUGGAGCUGGCCGAGCAGAAGCUCCAGCAGACCAUGCGCAAGGCCGAGACGCUCCCUGAGGUGGAGGCCGAGCUGGCCCAGAGGAUCGCCGCGCUCACCAAGGCGGAAGAGCGUCACGGCAACAUCGAGGAGCGAAUGCGCCACUUGGAAUGUCAGCUGGAAGAGAAAAACCAGGAGCUUCUAAGGGCUCGCCAACGUGAGAAGAUGAACGAAGAGCACAACAAGCGUCUGUCCGACACGGUGGACCGCCUCCUCACAGAGUCCAACGAGCGCCUGCAGCUGCACCUCAAGGAACGAAUGGCUGCCCUGGAAGAAAAGAAUUUACUCAUCCAGGACUCGGAAGGUUACCGAAAGCAGUACGAGGAGUCCAUACACGAGAAGGUGAGGCUCAGCGAGGAGAUCGAGAAGCUGCGGUCAGAGCUGGACCAGUUCAGAUUGAGAGUGGGAUCCCUCACGGAACCCACCCUGUCAAGGUCUCACCUGGACACGUCCGGCGAGCUCCGCUUCUCCUUGGGCUCCCUAGCCGAGACUCAGUCGGACCACUACCGCUCGGCCAAGGUCAUACGCAGGCCUAGACGAGGUCGAGUGGGCCUCCGGGAAACCAAGGCCAAGUCUCUCGGUGAGCAAGAGUGGCGCUCGCAGCAGCUGGGCGUGGUGGGCGGCGGCCAUUUUGAAAGCGACACGGAGAUGUCGGACAUGGACGAUGACGACCGCGAGACGCUUUUCAGCUCCAUGGACCUCCUAUCGCCCGGCGGUCACUCCGACGCACAGACGCUAGCCAUGAUGCUUCAAGAGCAGCUGGACGCCAUCAACAAGGAGAUCCGGCUAAUCCAAGAAGAGAAGGAGUCGACGGAGCUGCGUGCCGAGGAGAUCGAGAGUCGCGUGGCUAGCGUUAGCCUUGAGGGUCUCAACUUAGCCCGCAUGCACCACCACCACCUCCACGGCGCCUCCAUCACGGCCUCGGCCACCGCCUCCUCCCUGGCAUCUUCCUCGCCCCCCAGCGGGCACUCCACGCCCAAACUGGACCCCAGGAGCCCCGCCCGGGACAUGGAGCGGAUGGGGGUCAUGACGCUACCCAGCGAUUUACGAAAGCACAGGCGAAAGAUAGCGGCGGUGGAAGAGGACGGGCGCGAGGACAAGGCGACCAUCAAAUGCGAAACGUCGCCGCCUGCCACGCCGCGCGCCGUCAGGAUGACUCACACCCUACCGGCCUCUUCGCACAAUGACGCCCGAGGGUACGCUGCGCCCGGUUUUAAACCUUCAAGCUGCACGCUCAGCAGCGUGGCUAGCAGCCAAGACUCUUUGCACAAGCAGCCCAAGAAAAAGGGCAUCAAGUCAUCCAUCGGCCGACUCUUCGGGAAGAAGGAGAAAGGGCGGCUAGCUCACCUAGCCACGUUUAUGGACCCGGACGUGACGGGCCAGGACAUGGGAGUGAGCAAGUUGGGCACGCAGGCUGAAAAGGACCGCCGUUUGAGAAAGAAACACGAGCUGCUGGAAGAAGCCAGGAGGAAGGGCUUACCUUUCGCGCAAUGGGACGGACCCACCGUGGUCGCGUGGCUGGAGCUGUGGCUCGGCAUGCCGGCGUGGUACGUAGCGGCGUGUCGCGCCAACGUGAAAAGCGGCGCCAUCAUGUCGGCGCUGUCCGACACGGAGAUCCAGCGUGAGAUCGGCAUCAGCAACCCCCUGCACAGACUCAAACUGCGGCUAGCUAUCCAGGAGAUGGUCUCGCUCACGAGCCCGUCAGCACCCCCUACCUCCAGAACUCCGUCAGGCAACGUAUGGGUGACCCACGAGGAGAUGGAGACUAUGGCGGCCCCUUCCAAAACGAAAUCACAAUCUGAAGAAGGGAGCUGGGCACAGACGCUGGCUUACGGCGACAUGAACCACGAGUGGAUCGGCAACGAGUGGCUGCCCAGUCUCGGACUACCUCAGUACCGCAGCUACUUCAUGGAGUGCCUGGUGGACGCGCGCAUGCUGGACCACCUCACCAAAAAGGACCUGAGGGUGCAUCUCAAAAUGGUGGACAGCUUCCACAGAACAAGUUUACAAUAUGGCAUCAUGUGUCUGAAGAAGCUAAACUACGACAGGAAGGAGCUAGAACGGCGGCGUGAGACGAGCCAACAUGAAAUGAGAGAUGUUCUGGUGUGGAGCAACGAGCGGGUGGUCCGCUGGGUGCAGAGCAUCGGCCUGCGCGACUACGCCGGGAUCCUGCACGAGAGCGGCGUGCACGGAGCGCUGGUCGCCCUGGACGACAACUUUGACUACAGCAGCCUGGCACUGUUGCUCCAGAUUCCCAACCAAAACACUCAGGCCCGUCAGAUUCUGGAGCGCGAAUAUAACAACCUGCUGGCGCUGGGCACCGACCGACGGCUGGACGAGUGCGACGACAAAGACUUCCGAGGUCCCUCGUGGAGGCGCCAGUUCCCGCCGCGCGACGUGCACGGCAUCAGCAUGAUGCCCGGUUCGGCCGAGACCCUGCCGGCCGGCUUCCGUCUCACCGCCACGUCGGGCCAUUCGCGAAGGCUGCCGCCCGACGUGGGCGCCUCGACAGUUCAGCGUCUGGACAGCUCCACGGUGAGAACCUACUCGUGCUGA